AUGGUUGUUACGCCCAUGUGUACCUCCCAUCUCUUUCCCCUCUCUCCCUUACCCAUCACUUCCCUCCUUGCUCUCUCUUCCCUCCCUGCCCUCUUCUCCCUCCCUGCUCUCUCAUCCCUCCCUGCUUACCCAUUAUUUCCCUCCCUGGUCUCUCUUCCCUCCCUGCUCUCUCAUCCCUCCCUACUCUCUCUUCCCUCCCUGCUCUCUUCCCUCCCUGCUUACCCAUUAUUUCCCUCCCUGCUCUCUCUUCCCUCCCUGCUCUCUCUUCCCUCCCUGCUCUCUCAUCCCUCCCUGCUCUCUCUUCCCUCCCUGCUCUCUCAUCCCUCCCUGCUCUCUCAUCCCUCCUUGCUCUCUCUUCCCUCCCUGCUUACCCACUAUUUCCCUCUCUGCUCUCUCUUCCCUCCCUGCUCUCUCUUCCCUCCCUGCUCUCUCUUCCGUGGCAACGUGGACGGGAAUGAGCACCGAUGA